AUGGCUACUUCAAACCCGCUGGAUAGCCUGGCUGCAGGCGACAAGGCCAGCUCUGCUGUAGCGGCAAGCAUCAGCAAAAAGGAGACGGAAACUCACAAAAAACGUGGAAGAGAAAAGUGUGGUUCAACAUUAGUGUCAGAAGGGGUUGCGAGCGACCACUACAAACCCAUCACAGCAUAUGAGGGCAUUCAUCGAUACGAUCCAGACUUUGAAUGGGGGCCCACAGAGGAGAAGCGUAUCGUACGAAAAAACUAUGGACAAACGAUUUUCUACCUCUACUUCUUAUUCGCUGAAUUGCCGUCGCAACUUAUGAGUAAGAAACUUGGGCCUGAUAAUUGGAUUCCGAUUCCGAUUAUACUGUGGAGUUUGGUGGGGAGCAUGCGUGCGUUUCUGAGCGGAAAGAAAUCGUGGUUUUUUAUCCCCGAUAGUAUUCUCUAUAUGAGCUAUUUUUACACCGGACUCGAGCUGCCGGGUCGCAUGAGCGUGUAUGGUGCAGUUCCCUUUGCGACAAAUAUCCUCGCUGCCUUUCUCGCAUUUGGCAUCUUGCGUCUAAGAGGCCACAACGGGAUGGAAGGGUGGCGGUACCUAUUCGCUAUUGAAGGCCUCGUCACGGGUUGUAUUGGUAUAGCGUCGUGGUUCUAUCUUCCUGCGAGUCCGACGCAGACGGCGACGAAGUUUUGGAACCCGUUCCGUAGGGAGAAGGGCUGGUUUAGUGAGAGAGAGGAGAAGAUUAUGGUGAACAGGGUUUUGAGGGAUGAUCCGAGUAAGGGGGAUAUGCAUAAUCGUCAGGGAUUGAGUGUGCGGAUGUUAUGGGAGUGUAUGAAGGAUUACCAUAUGUUGUCUAUCUAUUUGAUUGGCUUGUUAUGGUUUAUUCCGCGUCAGCCGUCUAAUGCGUAUAUUACACUUCAGCUUCGGUCGCUGGGGUUUAGCACGUUUGAGACGAAUUUACUAACUAUUCCAGCAUUUGUCAUUAUAAUGAUCCAGAUGAUUUUCUGGACGUGGGUAUCUGAACGCACUGAUCAGCGUCUCCUCGUUGCUCUCGUAUCGCAAGUCUGGUGCUUGCCGCUUCUCAUCGCUCUCGAAGUCUUACCCGCGAAUGCAUCGCACUGGUCGCGUUGGGUCCUAUGUACGUUGCUCGUUGGAAGCCCUUUCAGGCACCCUAUCUUCAUGAUUUUGAUCGCGACUUGUAUGUAUAAUUUGGUGCUAUUUGUAGCAUCGAAGCAGUAUUAUAUUGUUCUCAAUAGGAGAAGAGCUCGCAUAUGGGAUGGAAUGACGAGGGAAGAAAAGGAGACGUAUUUGCUAACUACGACGGAUAAAGGCAAUAGGCGGUUGGAAUCCCGAUUUGCGCAUUGA